AUGUCUCGUCGACCACCUCGAAAAUUCCCUUUUCUCCGUUUGCCACGUCUCGCUUUGAUUGAAGUCAUCAAGUGUUGGAAUCCUAUUGAAAUAUACCUCUUCUCAAGAGUCUCUCGGAAGACUAAGGAAAUCUCAAAGUUGGUCAAAAUACCAAAUUUGAAUCUAGAACUUACAGUAUACAAUUGUUACGAAGUAAGCAUGGGCUACCCAGCGUCCUGCAUGAGUAAACACUGGUACUUCCGACUGUAUCCAGGACUCCGUAAUUAUGAGAAAUACAAAAAUGAAAGAAAUUUGGAUAUAUACUCAAAGAAUGCGGGAAAAUCGAAUUUGAAGAAGGAUAUUGGAGUUUUGAAUUUACCACACAAUUACUAUGAAACUGAACGCUCCAUGACAGUCAGGGAGAAUGAGAAAAUGUUGAGAGUCAAUGGAAAAGUGGACGAUCUGAGAUUUCAGUCAAGUGAGAAAUUCAUGGAUCUCGAUCACCUGAUUAGAAUGGACUGUGUCUAUUUGCGUGGAGGAGAGACAUUUCUGACUAAUCGAGAUUUGAAUGUAUUCAUGAAAAGUUGGAAGGAAAUGAAGGCUAACGAACGAAUGAAAUUUUAUUCAUUUGAUGCGAAAGAGAACUUGGAUUGGAGAGUUAUUUUGGAAGGAUUGGAUCCAGAGAUAAGAGAUGUUCGGACUGUUAGACGGGAGUAUAAAUCCCCCUGGAACAAGACACAAAUAUUCAAAGUGAAUGGAGGAGUGGAUGUCACGAGAACCGAUGGAAAAGUUGCCACUAUCGGAAUGGCAUUUCAUAUGAUAUUUGGAAAUGAACCAUUUUCUCGUGAAAUGAUAAGAGACUAUCAGAGAUUGAUUGUUGGUCAAAACAUUGAUGGACAAGAGAUGGAUAUGAACUUCGUGCAUGACGAAGAAUAUAAACUAACGGCCGAAGUACGGAAAGCAUUCUUCGUCAUGGUUAAGUGA